AGGCUAGUCUGAUGCAGCCUUGGAAUUUAAAUCUCUGGUCACCCACGGUUUUCGUUUGUUGAUCUUUGGAAUAGCUGCAGUCCGUCUCACUCAGAGGAUCAUCUGAAGGGUGAAACUGGAAACUAGAAUGGGAAGAUCAGUCUGAAUCCUGAUUUUUUGGGGGAGGCGGGGAUGGGAUGACCAGAAAGCUUGAAAGAUGUCAGGAGGAAUUACAGGGGAGGGAGAUUCUGGAUGUUGUGAUAAUCUGACUCCUGAGGUGACAACUGAAUCUUCUGCUCGAAGGUCUGCGGAGCAGAAGAGGGCAAGAAAUGCUGAUCUCGUACAUAAGUACAUUUCAAAGAAAAAAAUCAUUAUAGCAGCUGUUAUUCUGAUCAUUGUUUUGAUUAUCAUUAUAAUUUCAUUGGCUGUUAAACAGACAAAAACAUGUCCGUCUUGUCAUUCCCUUGCAAGCCAAAGUGUUGCCUGCCCAGAUUCCUGGAUUGGAUACAAAGAAAAAUGUUUCUAUGCAUCAAAAGAAGAAAUGAAUUGGUCUCUCAGUUUAACAACCUGUUCCUCAUUUAAUGCCUCCUUGGCUGUGAUUGAUAGUCAGACAGAAUUGGAAUUUUGGGUAGGAAUUUUCAAACGCUUCGAUUACUGGUUUGGUCUCUCAAGAGAAAACAAGAUCUGGAAAUGGUCUAAUGGCACAGAGUUUAAAAAUCAGUUUCCAGUGCGAGGAGAAGGCUUCUGUGCCUAUAUAAAUGAAAAAGGGGCCAGUAGUACCAUAUGCUCCAUGGAGAAACUUUUUCUCUGCAGCCGGCCAGAAAACUGUAGGAAACCUGGAUGAGACAACCUCAUCAAAAAAAAAGAGGAAGCGUUUCGCUUCACAAGAACUUACCGGAGAAGCAAAAGUGUAUGUAGUCUCUUUCGGCAUACCUGCAUUUGGUACUUGCCCUAUAGAGAAUCCAUCUUCACAUACUAGCCUAACAGAGUUUUCUGUUCCCCAUUUCACCAAUAUAUUUGCGUUACAUCA